AUGGCCAUGAGCAUUUUGCAGGACUGGUGCCGGAGCCUGGACGUGGACGCGCACAGGGCCCUGCUGGUCACCGGCAUCCCGGAGGGCCUGGAGCAGACGGAUGUUGAAGCCGUCCUGCAGCCGACCCUCCUGCCCCUGGGCACGUUCAGGUUGCGACACAUGAAGGGCUUGAUGAAUGAGAAGGCCCAGGCCGCCCUGGUGGAGUUUGUGGAGGACGUCAAUCACGCUACCAUUCCCAGGGAGAUCCCAGGCAAGGACGGGAUCUGGAGGGUUCUGUGGAAGGACUGUGCUCAGGACACGAGGGUCCUGAGGCAGAUGAGACGCCUGCUGCUGGAUGACGGACCCACGCAGGCCGCGGAGGCUGGGACCCCCGGGGAGGCGCCCACCCCUCCAGCUUCGGAGACCCAGGCCCAGGAUUCUGGGGAAGUGAUAGGACAGGCUGGCUCGCCUCUUGGGGCAGCCAGGAACGCAAGGAGGGGCCGUCGGGGUCGUAGAAACAGAACCAGACGCAACAGGUUGACCCAGAAGGGCAAGAAGAGAAGCCGAGGAGGGCGGCCGUCUGCUUCCGCGAGGAGUGAGGCUGAGGACUCUUCCGAUGAGAGCCUGGGCAUCGUGAUCGAGGAGAUCGACCAGGGUGAUCUGAGCGGAGACGAGGACCAGAGUGCGCUGUACGCCACGCUCCAGACGGCUGCCAGGGAGCUGGUUAGGCAGUGGGCGCCCUGCAGCUCGGAGGGGGAAGAUGGUCCCCGCGAGUUCUUGGCUCUGGUCACUGUCACCGACAAAGCGAAGAAACAAGAGGCAGAGAAGGAGCCAGCUGGGGCCGAAUCCAUCCGUUUGAACACCAAAGAAGACAAAAAUGGCGUCCCCGACUUAGUGGCCCUGCUGGCUGUGAGAGACACCCCGGACGAGGAGCCGGUGGACAGCGACGCUUCGGAGAGCGACUCGCAGGAGAGUGGGGACCAAGAAACAGAGGGGUUGGAUAAUCCUGAGUUCGUGGCCAUUGUGGCCUAUACCGACCCGUCGGACCCCUGGGCCCGGGAGGAGAUGUUGAAAAUCGCCUCUGUUAUCGAGUCGCUAGGCUGGAGCGACGAGAAAGACGAGCGAGACGCCCUCCGACAGGUCUUGUCCGUUAUGUCCAAGGACACUAACGGGACCCGCGUGAAGGUGGAGGAGGCGGGCCGCGAGGUGGACGCCGUGGUCCUGCGCAAGGCCGGGGACGACGGGGACCUCCGGGAGUGCAUUUCCACCUUGGCGCAGCCAGAUCUCCCUCCCCAGGCGAAGAAGGCUGGGUGUGGCCUCUUCGGGGGCUGGAGCGAGCACGGUGAGGACGAGGGGGGCCUUCUGGAGCUGGUGGCGCUCCUGGCUGCCCAGGACAUGGCGGAGGUGAUGAAGGAGGAAAAAGAAAACGCCUGGGAAGGCGGGAAGUACAAAUACCCCAAAGGCAAACUGGGGGAGGUAUUGGCGCUCUUGGCUGCCCGGGAGAACCUGGGGUCCAACGAGGGGUCAGAGGAGGCUUCGGACGAACAGUCCGAGGAGGAGUCGGAGGACACCGAGAGCGAGGCGUCGGAGCCCGAGGACAGGGCGUCCAGGAAGCCCCGAGCCAAGAGGGCGCGCACCGCCCCCAGGGGCCUGACUCCGGCCGGCGCGCCCCCCACCGCGUCCGGGGCCCGCAAAACCCGCGGGGGCGGGCGAGGCCGAGGCCGGGGCGUCACUCCCGAGAAGAAAGCCGGGAGCCGGGGCUCGGCCCAGGACGACGCCGCGGGAAGCCGGAAGAAGAAGGGGAGCGCGGGCGCCGGGGCCAGUGCCAGGGCAGACGAGGCCAAGGGCCAGGCGCCCACUGGAUCCAAGGCCGCACGCGGGAAGAAGGCCCGUCGGGGCCGGAGGCUGCCCCCCAAAUGCCGCUAGUGGCCCCCCAGGAAGCCGCCCAGGCUGCGAGCAGGCCCCGCAGGGCGCCUGCCCAAGUGUGGCCCCUGCCCUCCCCUUCCCUUUUCCUGCCCUCCGCAGACGUGAUCUCCUCGCUUCACCGCGCACCCGGGCCGCGUUUUGCCGGCGUCACGUUCCCCUCUCGGGCCCUCGUGGGCUACGGUGCCAGCAAUCCCGACGGAGGAAGCCCGGAUGGGAGGAGGAAAGAGAAGUGGGUGCCCGAGGCAGCAGCCCAGGGCCGAGAUGGGGACGCGCUGAGUGGACCAGGGUUGGGGGGCCCGGGUCGCCCCUGGAGGGUGUGUGUGUGGAUGCCGGGCACCUGCAGAGGCGAGCAGGGCUCUUCGUGGCGCUCUCGGGGCCUGCGCCUGGCAGGGACUGUGGGCCGCUGUCGCCCCUACCCCAGUCUGACUCUGCCCUGGGUCUGUGGUGGAGGCUUGGUCACCAACCGCGCAGCAAGUGUCAGGGCGCAACUCUCAGCCAGGGGAGGCCCCAGCUCCCAGCCAGGGGAAGAGAUGAUUCCAGAAAGGACAGUCUGAGAGAUAAAAGGCGGCUGGGAAGGGGAGGAGGAGGAAGGGGGAGAGGAACUGUGGGGGAAGGGAAGGAGGAGGAGGAGUGGGAGGAGGAAGAGCAGAGGGAAGACACAUGCCAGCCCUGCCCACCGGGAAGCCCCUGAUACACAGGAACCAGCUCCAGACCAAGGCCACCUGCCCCUGACCACAAGUUGAAUUUGUCACUCAAACUGCAGUGUUUCCCAACAUUCUAAUUAUUUGCAGAAGUGCUCCAUUUGGGGUAAUUCACAUAAAAUCCAGAGUUUUGGCUCUUCUGGGCUAAGUGGGCCCUUGCCCCCUCCCAUAGGUUAUGGCUCCCCUGGUCCUCCCUAUCCUCUGGAGCUGGCCUACUGCUCAGUGCUGGCCUUGCAGCCCUUACUAAAGGCCUUGAAAAUGCCUGGGUUCACCCCCUGAGUGAGUUAAAGGCCAGAGGGGCCUCUGAAGGGCACUGUGAGGGACAGAGGCUUGCCUGGGCAGUGCAGAAGCCAGCCACGUGUCCCUCCUUGCAGGGGAUGAAAUGACCUGGGGAGGAAACCCCAGCCCUUCCCCGGAGUUCCAGAGUAGGCGGCCAGUGCUGUGAGGGUUCACCACCUGCUGUCCCAAGCAAGCUUGAGUUGUGUGUGAGUCCCCGAGGUGCCCUGCUGUACCGUAGGCUUCAGCUCCCCACCCCCUGCUGAGCUUGAUUUCUCCCGAAAUAUCAGUCUCCACGGGACCCCACAUUCGUUCAUGCCUUCUUGUCCCUGGGGCAAUGUGUGUGUUUCCUCAUCCCAAUUUCCAUCCCUUGGCAGUGAGGAGCCCAUCGUGCCAGGGGGCCCUGCCCUGCUUGUCCCUGGGAAGGAAUAAGGGGGCCUGGGUGUGACCUCAGAGCCCGGACCAGACUGUCCCAGUCCCAUGUCAGGGACACCCAGAUGCAGAUGCUGUCUGAGACCUGCUGCAGGGCAUGGGUGCUCCUCCCUGCUUGGAGGCUGUUCCUGGACAGCGACCCACCCACUGAGGACCAGGCCAGGUGCACCUAGAGCUGGGCACAGCAGCCUGUGGUGUUGCCUCUGGGUGGGGAGGGCCCCAGGUGUGCUUCUCCCGUAGCGGUCCUAAACUUCUGUCCCUGUGCACUGUGUCACUUGGAUCAUCCAGUAAAGUGAAAUUCAG